GAAAAGUAACAUUAAACUUACCCCUUUCAUUUAAAUUUGAGGUUAGAUUUUAUCUAUUGUACACUUCCAAUGAGAGUAUGUAGUAUUAGUUGGAUGGAUAUUUUGAAUACUAAAAAAACCGUUAAAACUGAUAGUAUACGUGACACAAUGUCGAGUACAUCACAAAAGCAUAAAAAUUUUGUGGCAGAGCCCAUGGGAGAGAAACCUGUAACAGACUUGGCUGGUGUUGGUGAAGUAUUGGGGAGAAGGCUAGAAGCUUCUGGUUUUGAUAAGGCAUAUGUGGUUCUGGGUCAGUUCUUGGUGUUGAAGAAGGAUAGAGAACUUUUUCAAGAAUGGAUGAAAGAUACAUGCCAAGCAAAUACAAAACAGUCAAAUGACUGUUACCAAUGUUUGUUAGAUUGGUGCGAUGAGUUCUUGUAAAUUAUCAAAAUGAUAUUAUAACUGCUAAACUUUGGAUGAAAUUAACUUAUAUUUUUAUAUGUAACAUAAGACCAAGUUAAUUGAAUGUUUAUUUGUAAUUGUCAAAACAUUAUUUUUGGGCUUAACCUUUUUUAUAAUUUUAAUAUGUGACAGUGAAUAUUAAUUUAAAGUAUCAUUUUCUACAAAAAAAAUUGGAGACAAGACUUGUUUAAGUGGACUUUUCAAAUCAUUACUUUUAUUGAAAUAUGUGUACAUAUUAUAAAAAAUAAAU